AAAAUCUGUUCAACCAGUAGUGUUGAUAAAUUGUCUUUGAGAGAGGCUGUUACUUAGCUUUCACCCUCUUUUUAUCAUUAACCCACUGGAAUCCAUUGGAAUCCAACUCAUGGCGUCUGUCCUACCAUAGCAACAACCAAGCCAGCAUUCUAUUUCUAUGGCAACGGCCCGGAAGCGCACUGUCACCUUGGUAACGUCGACAGAGAUUAGAAUGGUGCUUCUCGUCAGCAGCUGGUUCUAAAGUUUCUCAGCUGGACAAAAGUUCUUUCUCUGAUUUAAAAGAGCCCAUGGCCUUUCUUUUAUGCAUGUGUCCGUUCAAUGCUUAUCUUUAAUUGCUUUAAUUGAAUGGAAUGCAAGGUUUGUGAUUUCUUUACCUUACAUUUGGCUACUUUUGGAGGCAGUAUUAGCAUAAGCUUACAUACCCUAUUUUGGGGAAAACGCUAACAUAAGCUAAUGCUACUUGCUAAUAUUUUAAUUGAUAAAAACGGAGUUGUUUUACUAUGAGUUCCCACCCGGAGCAAGGUGCAGACUCGCCUCGACUGGAGGCUGUGAUUCAGAAGUUGGAGGAGUCCCUGCUUCACUCUGGCAGUUCAGGAGACGGGACGUUGACACUCCGAGGUGAUGGUCUGGAGUCCAGUGUCAGUUCUGUGCCUGUCUCCUCCCGCAUCCGUCAAAUCAUCACCCGCAACCUGACUGAUCAGUUGACUGGUGAGAGCUCUGAGGUCAGUGAGCUGGAGGAUAGCAGGGCCCUGAGGGAGCAGCUUUCUCUGAGCCAGAUGGACCGUGACCAGCCACUAGUCAAACAGGCUGGUCUCACAGACAGGCUUGAUAAGAUGCUGAAUUUGCAGUCAGAAGUGGACUCAGACCAGGACAACGUAUCACCUGAACACGCGCAACCGCAGAACAAGGAGAGAACUUACAGACAAAAACUGCAGGUGUACCAGGAAGCCCAGCAGAGACAGGCCCAACUUGUCCAGAAGCUGCAGGCUAAGGUUCUUCAAUAUAAGAAAAGGUGUGGGGAUCUAGAAGAGGAGGUGCUGGAGAAAACUUCAGAAUCUGAAAAGAUGAGAUUGUUGCUGCAGGCCCACCUGGACUCAGCCCAGCGUCAGCAAAGAACAGAAGAAGGUCUCAACAUGGCAAUCCAGAGCAAGUGUGUUCAGCUGGAAGAGGAGCAGAAAAGGUGUGCCAGCCUCAGCCAAGUCAACUCUAUGCUGCGAGAACAACUGGAGCAGGCAGGCACCGUUAACCAGGGCCUCACAGAGAGCUUGUGGAAGGCCCGGGAAGACUUGGAGUUGUGUGAUACCCGUUUGCGCAGAGAGCAAGAGACCUGCGCCUCACGGUUGAGUCGUGAACAGGCUCGUGUCAGAGCACUGUGGCGCCAGGCUGCCUCCCUGCGAAGCACUUUCACGCAGCUAAGGACUUUCACUGACAGGACCCUGUCUGAUAUGCGUGUGGAGUGUGUCACUGUGAGUCGAGAGCUGCAUGUAGCCUGUACGAGUUUAGAGUCCAAAGUCACACUGGACAACACUAGCGGAGUGGAGAUGUCAGCACUGGAGCGGCAGCUGAGGGACAAGCUUAAGGAGGCCAUGCAGCUUCAGGGUCGCUGGGAUGCAGAGAAAGUAGAACUUAACUCCAGAAUCCUGGAGCUGACUGACACAGUCAAGCACCUUCGGAACCAGAACACUGAGAAGGAUGCCAGCCUCCACACCAUGCAGAUCACUCUGGACAGGAUGGAGACGAGAAGAUCAGAGGAUAAAGCAGAGAUGGAGGCUCUCCAUGCAGAGAACCAAGCCUUCCAGAAGAUUUUAUCCCAUGUUCAGCAGGUUGUUGGUGGUGAAGGGGACAGCAGCAGCUCUGAAACUGUGUCCUCCUCACCUCUCCACAGCCGAUCUCCUCUGAGAAAUCCAACACUAAUAGCUGUACAGAGUGCUCUUUUUAAGCACCAGAAACAAGCACAGGACCUGCGUGGGUGUCUGGAUGCCUCCAGGGAGCAAGUGAACACACUGCGUACACGGCUACAGGAGAAGGACACUGAGAGGAAGGAGCUCAGUCAGAAGAUUCAGGAGCUUAGGAAGGAGAGUCAGGAAGCCAAAAAAGCUCUAGAGGGAAGUGUCAGGGAUAGCAAGCGAUAUCAAAACUCAUUGGAACUCAUCUCCAGUGAGAAAUGCAGCCUGGAAACGCUCCUCUCACGGGUGCAGCAGGAGGUGGACUCCCAGCGUGCCGAGCUCGAAGUACUACGGAACUCGUCACUGGAGCUUCAGAGACAACGGGACGUCCUGAGGCAGCAGAGAGAGGAUCUGGAGAUGCAGCUGGCACGGCAGCGCACAGAGGCCCAAAGAAGCGAGAGAUGUCUGGAGGAGCUUGAAGGAAAACACUCUGAUUUACGCAGGGAGUUUGUGACAGUGAAAGAGGCAUUAAGUCAGAUCACCCUGCAGAAGGAUGUGUUGGAGGAUGAUAAGGCCAGCCUCGCUGUGGCUCUAACCAAGAUUGAGUCCCAACGCACUGCACAGGAAUUAGCCUUCACCAAGCUGCAGAAUCAAGAAGCUACUCUUAAAGAUUCUCUUGCCAAAAUGGCUGCUCUCAGUGAAGGCUUAGCCAAGGACAAGGUGGAACUCAAUCGUAUUCUGCUGCAGACAGAAGGCGAGAAGGCUGAGCUGGGAGAACGCAGGCGAGAAGCUGAAGUUGAGCGGGCAGCGGCCAGAGAGGAGACAGCGCGGGUGCAACAGGAGAUGAUGAAUCUACUCGCUGACAAACAAGUGCUGGAGAACUCCCACAGCCACUUACAGGAUCUGUGCCAGAAGUUAGAAGCUGAGCUCAGCCUGCUGCAGAAGGAGAACAUUCAGACCCUGGAGCAGCUCUCACAGGUCAACAGGCAGAUGCAGAAUGUGUCAGAGGAGCUGUGUGCGUGCAGGAAGGAGCUGGAGAUUCAGACCACAGCCCUAAAGAGAGCGACCAAUGACAGGGAGGAGCUGGCCAAGGAUAAAGCUGCUCUUGAUGUCAACCUAAACUCUGCUGAGCGAAAGGCCUGUGUUCUCACACAGGAGCUGGUUGCACUUAGAGCAAAGAAAGAAUCCCUGGAGGCUUCACUGUUUGAGAGCCAGGAGCUUGCUUCGUCUCUUCAGGCUGAGUGCAACAGGAUCGAUGGGGAAAGGCGCAGCUUGCUUCUGGCUAACGAGGCCUUGACGCGUGAUAUUGCUCAGAUGCGUGUGGAUGCUGAAUGCCAAUUUGCACAAGCUACACAGGACCGUAGUAACCUGGAGGAGAAGCUGGUCCAGGUGGAGAGAAAUGCUCAACUCCUCCUGAAAUGCAAAGAGCAAAGCCACAGGGAGCAGCUAGAAGCUGAACGCAAGGAAAAGGAGCAUCAGUGUGCGGAGCUGAUGGUUCAGCGGGAACAGGCCGAGGAGCGGCUGCGUAGACAGUAUGAGGAGCUGCGUGUGCACAACCAGAAAGAACUGCAGCAGGUGCACGAGGAGUUGGCCAGACUGCAGCAGCACUGCAACCAAAGCCUCCUGCAGGCUGAAAGUGAAAAGCAGCAUGCUUUGUCCCAGAUGGAGGCAGAGAAGGCUGCCAUCACAGAGAAGAUGGUAGUCCUGCAGCAAGACCUGGCCACAGCAGGCAUGGAGCUGGAAAACACAAAGAGGGAGGCACAUAGCAAACAAGAGCAGGACAAGAAUGCAAUGGAUGUCCUUCGAUCUGAGUUACAAGACUUGCAAACACAGUUUGAGGAAUCCUUGAACUCCCAUGAGAACUCCAAAAAGACUCUAACUGAGCAGAAUAGAGAGUUGAAUCAACAGAGGGAAUGUGCAAAACAGGAGGUAGAUGAUCUUCGUCGUCAGCUCCAAGAUGCAGAAGAUGGACUUAUUAAAGUCCGAAGGGAGUUGAUUGAGGCUCAUAGGGAGCUUCAGGAAUGUGCACAGGAGCGAGACAAGCAACGUAAAGAAGCUCUUGACAUCAGGAGGCUCUUGGGUGAUGAGACCAGAGAGAAGGAGGCCAUUCAAGUAACAAAUGAAGAACUAAGAACCUUUAUCAAGAGAGCAGAAAGUGACAAUAGCAGCUUGAGGCGAGCUGUGGAGGAGAAGGAGCAGAAAGUAUCCGUCUUAGAAGAAUGCAGGAACUCCAUGAACCAAGAGGCUAACAAUUUACGGAGCAGCAUGAGAGAGCUGGAGAGGUGUCGCCUACAGGCACGAAGAGAGCUGCAGGAGCUGCGGAGACAGGUGAAGGUCCUUGACGGCGGGAACAGACAACAGAAACAGGAGCUGCGAGAGCUGCAGGCCCGGGUGUGUCAAGAGGAGCAGAAAGAGGAGGAGGCACGCCGCGAGGCUUUCACCCUGAAGCAGAGAGUGUUGGAGUGUGAGGCUGGCAGAGAAGCAGCACUGAAUGAGGUUGCAGGUCUGCAGCGUCGACUGAUGGAGCUUGAAUCCGCAGAGCAUCAGAACCAAAAGCUUCUGCAGGAAAAAGAUUUGCAUCACCAUCAGAGUGAGCAGAGACACAGAGAGGCCACUGACCAGCUGGAAGGAGCACUAGAGGAAGCUAAUGUCAAGAUCAGAGAGCUCACUGUGCAGGCUGACCUGGCUGAAAGCAAGAUCCAGGGCCUGGAAAAGCAGCUGGACUUGGGUGAUUCCAAACGAAGGGACCUGGAAAUCAAGCUGGGGGGGUUGUAUUCAGCUCUCCGCCACACAGUUCUCAACAAUUGCCUAGCUGGUUCUCACAGACACUCUCCCUCUGACUGGAGAAACCACUUGCAUGUAAAAGAUGAAGAGUUGGAUUUGUGUUCAGUGCAAACAGCACUCAGAGACAUUCAGCUGGGAUUCAGGGAUGCACAAAAAGACAGGGAUGAAGCCCGGGCUCAGAUAAUCAGUCUAAGUCAUCAAGUGACAGAGCUCCAAGAUAGUCAUAAUAAGUCAGCCACUCAAGUGUUACAACUGCAAAAGUCCUUGAAGCAAUCUGAGGAUGGGAAACAAGUGAUGGCAGAACGCUUGCACAAGGCACACACUUCCUUGUCCCUUCAGGAAGAAGUAGUACAUCAAACAGAGCGGGAAAAGAAAGGCCUGGAAGGAGAAGUGGCUCAACUGAGAAUUGCUCUACAAGCUACUGAGGCUGAAUCCAGGGCACUACAAGACAAGCUGGAGUUCUUUAGGAGCUUAGAAUCUCGUGCAAAUGCAGAACAGCGGAAACUAAAGGAGUCUCUGGAGGCUGCGGAGAACAGGGUGAGCCGUCUGGAGCUCGCACAUCGCACCCUUGAGGGUGAGUUACAGCGAUCCCAGCUCAGGGCUGCAGAACUGGAUGCAGAGUCAGGGGCACUGCAGGAGAGACUGACAGAGCUGAGGAGGAGGCUGGGGGAGAGUGAAGACCAGUGUGCAGCUCUGAGGGUCAGUGAGGAGAAGCUGGCUGCAUUAUUGGCUCGAGCUGAACAACAUGAGAGCCAGCUGAGAGAACAGAUCCAUAAACUGUCGAACAGUCUCAGUGACAGCCAGAGCAGCACUGGAGCUCUGCAGGAGCAGAUAGCACAGCUGCAGAGGGCUCUGACUGCCAGUGAACAUGACCGAAGGAUGCUGCAGGAGCGCCUGGAUAAAACACGAGAUGCCCUCUCUGAGAGUAAGAGGCUGAACCAUACUCUAACAGAGCGGACCCAAAACCUUCAGAGAACCCAAGAAGACUCAGAACUUAAAUCUUCUGAACUGGAGAAACAUAACAGAGCGCUGAAGGAGAGCCUGAAACAGCAACAGGAGGCAGGAAUGCAGGCUCAGGGGAUCUCCCAGCAGCUCCAGAGAGAGAAAGAUGAUCUUCAAGACAAGGUCCUGACUCUCCAAGGCUGUCUGCAAAAACUGCAGAGCGAGAGGGCAGAGAUGGAGAGGGCACUCACACGCCUCAGCAAAGACAAGUCCACUCUCAGGAAGACAUUGGAGAAGGUGGAGAUGGAAAGGCUAAGGAAGGAGGAGGAGGUGGCGGCAGCAGCCAGAGAGAAGGAGCAGCUGGGGGAGACAAUACACUGCUUGGAACAGGAGUUAGCUGAGAAGAACCUAGACUUACAGACUCUGCAGGUUCAGAUCUCUGAGUUGGAUCAUGCUCAUGCACAGCGCCUCCUGGAGGUGACAGCCCGCCAUCACCAGGAGCUGGAUCUGGAGACAGAGCGUCUGAGAGACAGCCAGCUCCAAGCAGAGCACGCCUUGGAGACCAGGGAAAAGGCUCAUCGCCAGAGGGUCAGAUGCCUGGAGGAGCAGGUGCUGACUCUCAAAGAGCAGCUCGAUCAGGAGACGAGGAGACGACAGGCCUAUUUCAAUCAGAUGCUGCAACCUGGUGUGUAGGCAGAAACUCUGCACUAAAGUAUGUAACACCUCUGGCUUCCACAUUCGCUGUUCCUCUGGCUGCUUCCCAACAACAUUAUAUUACAAGCUAACAUCCACAUUUGGAAGCAUACACACAAACACAGGCCCAAGGCGUUUGCUCCCACCCAUGCACAUGUGCACACGGAUUACAUUAAUCUGCAGGAAAACUCAACAACAACAAACAAUGAGUGUUUUGUUUAUAAGUGGACUGGAUGUGCCAAAUUGUUUAAGGAUUUCCUCUGGCUCGCUACAGUUGGUGCUUCUAAGUCUGUUUAUGCUGUGUCAGUUUUUUAGGAAACAGUAUGAUGAAAGGUUUCCUUGGUUGGUGCUUAAUUCUACAUUUAUAUUCAUUGAUUUACUCAUUUGUCACAUGCUGAUCAUGUUGUUGUAUGUCAUAAUCACAAUUUCUAAUGAGAAUAUACUGUAAAUCCAUAUAUUUACAUUAAGAAUUUACAGAUUUUAUUUGAUCUUCCUGGUACUGUGAUUACUUAUGGUUCCUAUAUUGACCAUUUAUUCAUUAUGUAUUGCACUCUAUUUAGUCAAUAGUAGCUCUUGAAAUGUAUGAUUGUUUUUAAUAAAAUUGGGU